CCGCCAAUUUCAAAGUGGACAAAAUGGCGGAGAACACUAGAUGUCUCGAUGCAGUAAACGAAGAUGAUGGCAAGGAGGUGCGGCUGAUCCUGGUGGGAGGGGCCUGCAGCAAACACAAGGCUCUGAAGAAUGCACUGGAGAACCUUCCCUACGAGGUAUUUGAGUCAGAGACAGGCAGCGAGUAUGUGGCGGACACAACAGAGUUCGACACCAUCUUCGUGCUGGAUGAGUUCAAAGGAGACGUGUUUGAGCAACUACGCAAGGCAGAUGUCAGAAUAGUGGGACCCCCUGUCAUCAUCAAGUGUGCCACAGACAAACAGCCCAUCCCAUACAACUCCAGGCCACAGUACUGUUGCUCCAUGACUGGGCUGAAAGUGUGUUUCACUGGCUUCAAAGAGAAAUCAGAGUUGAGCCAUUUUGUUGACCUGGUACACUACAUGGGUGGUAACGUACGAAAGGACUUCAAGUGUAACAUCACACACCUGGUGGCCAACGCCAUUGAUGGGGAAAAAUAUGAGUGCGCAGUGGGCUUAGACAAGCCGAUAAUGAGUUCUGAUUGGCUGACACGGGUCUGGACCGAACGGGACAAGGUGGAUUUCCGUGCUGAUGAUCCAUGUGUGAUGAAGUACAAGGUUCCUCCAUUCUACAAGAGAUGCCUCAGCUUUCUUGGAUUCUCCCAUGAAGAACAGAACCAUAUGGAGGAAAUCACUAUAGAAAAUGGUGGCACGUUUGCCAAUGUUGGUGACAAGGAAUGCAGCCAUCUGAUAGUGGACGAGGCUCUGAAAGACCUGCCUGACAAUAUAAGCCUUCCUAAACAUGUCGUCAAGGGAGAGUGGUUUUGGGCAUGCAUACAAAUGGAAGCAAGGGCAGCAGAGAAGUUUUAUACAUUCCAAAAGGGAGAAGCAGUUCAGAAUCUGUUCACGCCCGUGUCAACUAUGGCCGGAUCAAAGACUCGGAAGCGCAAGCGACUGAAAGAGAAUAUCGCUCAGCUGGUGUCGGAUGAUGAGCUGGAGUCGCCGCUGUACAACAAGCGACGCUCGGGAAGCAUCGAUGGGAUUAUCAGCCCUAAUUCCUUCCUCGAUGCUUCCAACACCCCAGAUAUCUCAGAUAUCAACAUCAAAACCAUCAACUCCCCUACAACACCAUGUAGUAUGCCUUACGACCCAGCAGACAAUGACAAGGAGCAAGUGAAGGUCACGCCAAGGUUACAGGUGGUCAAGGAGUUCCUGCAGACUGAGAGGAACUAUGUGGGCAUACUACAUACGCUAUUAAAUACAUUCAAGGCCCAGAUUGAGAAGCAGGACCAGUACAGCGGGGCCAUCCUGGCUGCACCCGAUGUAAAGCUGAUCUUUGGCAACAUUCCUCCCAUCUACAACAUCCACCUCUCGAUACGGGAGGAGCUCGAAAAAAUGGUGGAGACGUGGAGCGAGGAGAAACCGGUGGGGACCGUUAUCAGCAAGAAUGCAGAGGCAUUGGUGAAAGCAUACCCACCAUUUGUAAACUUUUUUGAGGACACAAAAGAGAGGAUACAAAAAUGUGAUAAAUCCAACCCCAGGUUUCACGCCUUUUUAAAGGUGUGUCAAACCAAGCCAGAGUGUGGCAGGCAGACAUUGACAGAGUUGUUGAUACGGCCUGUACAAAGGCUCCCCAGUAUUACCCUGCUUUUAAAUGAUAUUUUAAAACAUACUCCAAAAUCCAAUCCAGAUUAUGUGGAGUUAGAAAAAGCCAAUAAUGUUUUAAAGGAAGUUAUGACACAUAUCAAUGAGGACAAGAGAAGAACAGAAAGUCAAGUGGUCAUGUUUGAUAUCAUGAAAGACAUUGAAAACUGUCCGGCAACCCUCCUGUCAUCACAUCGUAACUUUGUGUCUCGUAUGGACGUCAUUGAGCUGUCUGACGCCCUGUCUGAUCGAGGAGCGCCUCUAUCUCUCUUUCUCUUUUCUGACUGUAUUGUGAUUUGCAAACGCAGAACAAAAGUGCUACAUUCUAAGAGUCCUGCAGCCUCAAAAACGCCCCAGAAGGGCUACAAACACCUGGAGUUCCUGCCCCUGCAGUGUGUCAAGAAAGUUCUGGAUAUCCUCGAGGCCAAGGACUGCAAGGAUGCCUUUGGCCUGAUUGUGAAGAACACAGAAGACAUGAAGGACAAGUUCUACUCCUUCAUGAUGGACUCAGAGGACGUGUCCAAGAGCACUUUGAUAACAUCUGUGGCCAAGUCCAUAGCAAACACUGUGUGUCGCACUGACUAUGAGAGCCUCAUCUCCAAGGUGGACGGGGAGGAGUUCCAGGUGAGCACGGUGGACCUGUCUGGACAAAAACUGAGCAAGGCAGCCAGCAGGUUCAGCCGUCGAGUGAGUAGAGCCUUUUCGUUCAACAAGACGCCACGGCGGAUCAAGCGAGCAGUGUCGCACGUGUUCAGCCCGUUUGUGAAGGACAGCUCGCGUGACUUUACCCCCGGCAACCUCCAUGGCAAACGUCUGGCCAGCAGCAUCGACCUCACAUCGAAUGAUGACAACAUCAGCAUCGGUUACCUCGACGACGACACUCUGAGUCUGGGGGCGUUCUCUAUGAAGGGUCCCUUAGACUGACCCGCGCUGGCCCCUGCACAACUGGGUGUCACUGGAUCCAUUAGGGGCCACAGGAAACCUAGAUUAGCGAGAUUCACUAGAAGCUAUAGUUUCAGCUUGUUACGGAGUGACUGCACUGGACUCAUGAAGUGGUCCAGGAGAAAUGUUACCUUUGAGUCCAAUGUGUAGUUGGAAAAACAAGAUCAUGCAUUCAAACUGAAUCAGGCAUUUUUCUAAUUAAUUAAAUAAUUUCACCCUUGGUAACAAUUGUUUUAUCAAUAUUUUGUUGACCAUUCUUUCAAAAUGAUCAUUCAACUGAAAUAAGAUAUAUAUAUUUUUUAAUUUAGUGACUUGUCAGUACUAGUUUUAUAAUAAAAAGAUAACAGAUUUCCAUCAUGUAGUUGCAACGCUUAUUUAAUAUCGACGAGGGCUGUUUGGAAAGAUCAUUCAUAGACUCUGAAAACAUUCUAAAGAUUAAUAAAUUUCUACAUAAUUUGUGAUGCAACUUCUUUAAAUUUACAUAAUCAAAAUAUGAUGCCCAUUUUAACUCUGUCUUACAUGGAAGUGUACGGUAAAUUACAUUUCCACUGCAACAGAAUGUUAUUUUUAAGUCACCCAUGUUUGAACAGCUCUGUAGCUAUGAACGUUAAUAUGCUAAUAAUAAGUAGUGUUUUUUCUUUAAAGCAAUGUUUGUCAACUUGUUUUAUAUUGAAUGUGGCAAAAUAUGAUUGUUUAAGAUUAAAAUUAUAAAAUAUAGUACAUAAUGGGGGAAUAAAUCAGACUGUGAAAACACUUUUCGGAUAUUCCUUGUAGAAGCAGGUAUUAAAAUCUUUUAACUCAUGACAAGGGAUUUCUUUGCAUCAGUGCCUUUAAAAAAAAUAUGCAAAUAACUUGAUAAUUUCUUAUGCAAUCAUAACCACUUUAAAAGAUCGUGUUUUAUCUGUCAUUGAUUCAUUGCUUUUACGUACACUGUUUGUAGAAAUGCAAACAUUUCAGUCAAGCUAUGUGCCAUUGUUAAGUUAGUGUCAUAAAAUAUAUACUAUAUUCAAGUAGCAUGUAUUAUGGUUUAGUAAACUGUUAUAUAUAUUUCGCUUUCGAACAUAACAGUGAACUGAAUCAGUGAAUUUAAAGUCAGUACUAACAGUGUCAUACUUAUUAUCUAUCUAUCUCAUAGUAUUGCCUCACGCCUCUUGCGAGUGUUAUGGGCAGGAUAGUAUUAUUAGAUAGAUACAAUCAUGUCAUGAAACUUCAUCAAAAUUAAAUAAUUAUUAUGAAUGCUCCUCAUAAUUGGCAAGCAUUUAUAUGAUUUAGUUAAAAAUAUUACUUGUGUUUUAUGUUUAAAAAAAUAUUUACUGUGAAGCACUCAAACAAUAUAAAGUCAUUGAUUUUCCAUAAUUGUCAUAUAGCUUUAAACUUAAUUAACCAGGUUUUCCGAAGGAAAAAACUGGUUAUUAGAUUGGCGAAUGCGGGCGGGCUGGCUGGUGGGCGGGCGGAACAAGCUUGUCCGGGCCAUAACUAUGUCGUUCAUUGUCAGAUUUUAAAAUCAUUUGGCACAUUUGUUCACCAUCAUUGGACGGUGUGUCGCGCGAAAUAAUUACGUCGAUAUCUCCAAGGUCAAGGUCACACUUUGAGUUCAAAGGUCAAAAAUGGCCAUAAAUGAGCUUGUCCUGGCCAUAACUAAGUCAUUCAUUGUGAGAUUUUAAAAUCAUUUGGCACAUUUGUUCACCAUCAUGGGACGGUGUGUUGCACGAAAGAAUCACGUCAAUAUCUCCAAUGUCAAGGUCGCCACGACUAAAAAUAGAUUAAAAAAAAAAAAAAUUACAAAGGGGGUUAAUUUUGUUUGUUCAUUUCAAAAGUUCAGUUUGAGUUUUCUCCCUUUAUCAGAUUUUUUUUCACAAUGAAAACCUGGUUUUGUGACAAUUUUGUCCCUUGUUGAAUGAUAUUAUCGAGUUUAACAUACAUAGUGUGUUGUUUUGAAUUGAUAUUUGUUUAUUUUUUGUUGUUUUACAAGUCUGUGUAAUGAAAAUAGGUUGUGAUAAUUUACAAAGAUCUGGCUCUGUCCCUUUCUGUCCUUUCUCUGUCUGUCUUUAAUCCACAUAGCUGUGUACUAGCACACAUUGCAGUGCAUUCACAUUAUGUUUUAUAUUAUUCGUGUAAUUUAUGCUGUAAAUACUUGUUCUUUGCUUCAAUAAUUUUAACCUUCCUGUAAAUGUAUGUAUCUCAAAAAAGUCAGUCUUAGUUAUGUAUUAUAAUAUUUGACCCCUUGAUAACAUUAGUUUUAAGUAAAACUCAUUAAGCCAUCAAAUUAAUUCAAAAAGAUGUUUUCAAUGCCAGGCUGUUAUUUUGUUAUAAAUGUGUUCCAACAAAUAUUGACAGAACUUUAUGUUCAAAAACAAUCCCUUGCUAUAAGUAUUUCAUUCCUGUGCAUCUUAUACAAUUAAAAUAUGUUUUCAUCUGAACAAAUUCUGUAUUUUAAUCACUAAACAAUUACCAAACACUGAUAUUUUACUCUAGAUUCAUGUACAUCAUUUAAAGAAUAAGUCUUUGCCAGUUAAAACUGUUAACUAAUUAAAAAGGUGCAUACCUUUGCAUUCAUCAAUUAAAAAGAAAUGGGUAGUUGUACAAAUACUAUAUACACAUUUUCCUAUUUUGCUAUUGUCAUUGUAAAUUCCCCUACAAAUUUGUACAAUAUUAAUUGUAUUCUAUGUAUGAACGCUAUUUUUAAGUGCCUUUGUGCAAACACCAGAAUCAUAAAAAAUAAAAUGUAAACUCUG